AUGGCAGGUAUCAAUGGAUUCGAAACCGACCGACUGGCGAAUCUCACGCGCAACAGUGUCCUUCUCGACACCCUGACCCAGCAAGCCAAAACGAUACACGUUGAAUCGAAGACAGCGGAACCGCCGAAGAAGAAGAGGAAGACUGACACGGUAAAGCUUAAUGUGCCGGCCUCGCGAUCGUCUGCUCGGAUAGCAUCAACGCCUUCGCGGCCUACUUAUGAUAAAGAAGCGCUCUCGAAGAUCCCGACAGGGACCAGAGCCAGAAAGCCCCCAACCCAAGCAAGAAAAGCAGACAAGUCCGCGAAAACGGAGGUUGGCGAGGAUUCAAAAACACUGGCCAUGUCUCCAGCAGACAUGGAAGAGUUACAAAGGUCCUGGGCCGCAUGGCAGCCAGCAGCGCCUGCCCCAACGCGCGACGAAGCCGGCGUGUUCCACUUUGAAUCCCAUCCGGACUUCACCCCGAAUAGAUCUCCAGAAGAGGUGUUACGCGAGGGAUGCUUUGGCGGUUCAUAUUAUCGUCCUCUCUACUCCAAGAAACUGGGCGUAACUAUAUCAGACGACUAUCGAGAAUUGCCUGUUGCAUGGACCGAAGGGCUUAAUAGCGACAUGUAUCUCACAUCUCCCACGUACGACCCAGACGUCAACAAGUUCAAGGUCGCUUGCGGACAAUCAAUCGAGGAAUGGGAGUCGGCUGGCUGGAUCAAUCAUACAUACGACGUGCGUGGCUGGUUCCAGUGGUAUUGCCGGUUUUACAUGGGGAGACGGUGUGAGGAUGACGAGAGACAAGUUUCGAGAUGGAAGAAAUGUGUCGGAGCAACGGGCAGAUGGAGGAGGAUGUUGCUGAAGAAAUAUGUGGCCGCAGGCGUCAGAGACGUAUUUGAUGACGGUGAAGAUGACGAACAGGUGGAGGUCAGCCCUGUGAUGCAUCAAACAUGUCACCAUUGGGCUUUUUGCGUUACACAGGAGGUCUUGGAUGAGUACUGGAAGACUAGGAAGUGA